AUGGCAAGGAAGAAGGUGAACUUGGCUUGGAUCUCCAAGGACUCGGCUAGGAAAGCCACGUUCAAGAAGAGAAAGAAGGGAUUGAUCAAGAAGGUGUCGGAGCUGAGCACCCUCUGCGGCAUCAAGGCCUGCGCGAUCGUGUUUGGCCCGUCGGAGACUACGCCGGAAAUCUGGCCGCCGACGGCCGCGGCCAUACGUCAAGUGAUAGAGAAGUUCAACGAUCUGCCGCAGGUGGAGAAGUCCAAGAAGAUGCUGAACCAGGAAGGCUUCCUCAGGCAGAGGAUAGCCAAGUUGAAGGAGCAGCAGGCCAAGCUGGCCAAGGACAACAAGGAGUUGGAGAUGAAGACGAAGCUGAUCAAGGGGAUGAAAGACAAGGCGGCGUUGCAUGGUGCGGGCAUGGACGAGCUGCAUGCGCUCAUGUGCAUCGUGGAUGCGAGGAUGGCGAAGGUCAGGGGAAGGAACGAGUCGUUGGUUUCUUACGGGCCGCCGUGCAUGCAGCUGCCUCCCCAACUGAUGCCGAUGCCGCCGACGUUGCCGCCGGUGCCGGCGGCGCUGCUCAGGGAGGAGGAGCGGCGGCAGGUGCAGGGGAUGAGCUUCAUGGAACAGCAGGUGCCGGGGGAACCACAGUAUUUGGUAGACUUUCUGGAGUCUCUUGAGAAUUAUCCUACCGAGUGGCCUUAUUAUGUAGAUGGUAACCAGUGGACGUAUCCUGGCCCUUUACUGUGA